AUGGCGACCAACCUGUUUUAUGCGCCAGAGGAGACUAGGGCCCCGGGAACAUACAACCUUAACAAUCACACCGGCCAAACAUCAUAUACCAUUCCAACAGUUCAUUUUUGCGAGUUAACGCAGCAGCCCAUUGGGCCCGAACUGAUGGUCGUCACCGGCCGCUCGCGUCAGGGAGGCGAGAGUCAUGCCUCCGAGCUCAGUCAAUAUCUCAAGGAACGCGCUGGCGAUAAGCUCGGCGAGCCCGUCGACCUUGCUCAUCGGCUCGGCAUCGUCGCCUCCUCGGAUGUCCGCAAAAGCCUCGGCGACGUCUCCUCCGCCCUCGUCGCCUCCCAGAUGGAAGGCAGGAUCCUCGUCAUCCAGGCUCGAUCGGCAGACUUUGAUCAUAAUAAACAGAGAAUCGACGAUCUCGAGAAAUCCGAAUAA